AUGGAGAACACAUUCUUAGAUGAUGAAGUUCAAGAUCUCAAUACUUGGGACGAAUAUUCGAAUUAAAUAAUCUUCCCUUCUCCUUUAUUGUUGGGACGACCUUCUCCCAGGGUCAAAUACCUCCAAGAGGAUUUUUCAUUACUGCAGCUACCGUUUUAAUCAGACACAAUAGAUGAGGAUCAAGAUCUCAAUAAUCCCAUCUAACCUGUAGAACAUAUGCUCAAAAUGACCAAAAAAAUAGAGAAAAAAACAAAAAAGUUCAAAAAAUAAUCAAAAACAAAAAACCCUAUCUUAAAUGCUGCAAGGGAUUUCUUUUCUUCAGUCAAAUAAAGUAAUCCAAAUCAACAAAUCUAACAAUUCUAAUAGAUGAAGUAAUUGAUCGAUAACUUGGAAGGAAUCUUAGGACAGGUCAAACAUGAACUUCUAAUCAAAGUCCAAUAAAAGGGAUCUCGAGUAUGA